GAGAUGGAACACCGUGGGUGUGCGAGUGCGCCCUCGGAAUGUAUGUACAGAUCUCACAGAAGAUCAACACUAGCCCACUUGCUGGGGGCGGGUAUGCAAAAUCAUGUCCAAACGAGAUCCCAACUGUGGCCAGUUCAUUUGUUUUCGUUGAAGUGAGGGGAGAUGUAACGUGAGAUAACGUAGGUAACAAUAAUAGAACCAUUUGGCCUCGGUCCUUAGGAUGAGAGCGUGGCGAUGACUACUGCCGUAGAGUUGGGGCGCAUGGGUGCGUGAGUCAAAAAUAGGACCUCAGCAAAUGGAAAACUUUGAAAAAUAAUUAAUGAAAUAGCCAAGUGCUAGAAGGCACCGCACACGUAAGAACGACGGUGGGAGAACUCCGGUCUGAAUCACUAAGCGAGUUUUAAGGGACGCUACUGCUGAUGCAAAGGGUGGGAAUAUAGCGACUACUAGCCGGGAGAAGCGACGCCCUGGAGCGCGUUCACCAUGAUGCGCCAGAAACGGCUGAUUUUUACCCGAACCGUUACCUCAGCCCAGUCUAAAAUCUACACGGAACCUCCAUCUGAUCUCCCACUCGCAUUUGUUUACAUCUAGAAGCCAAAGGAGAAAAUGGAGGCCAACUCGUUGUGUGUCCAGAGGAGUCUGAGUGUACUCGACCGCCUCUUACUCACACACUCCAUCUGGCUUCAGCUGUCCAUCACCACUGACUCCGCCCUCAAUAUUCUCCAGAGGGAACCAGUAGGGACAUUUCUGGUGUGUAAGUGUGGCUCCUCCCAGAAGAAGGUGUUGUGUGUGAGAGUGAGUGUUGACAACUCCAGCUCAGCUGUCAAACAGCGCCGCAUUCGAGAAGAGGAGUCCACAUUUGCCCUGGAGGGCUCAGCUUUGAGUUUCCCAGACCUGUGUAGACUCGUGGCUUUCUACUGCGUAAGCAGAGAUGUACUGCCCUUUCCUCUGGAGCUCCCAGAAACCAUUGCUCAGGCCUCAUCUCACACACAGCUGGAGGCCAUCUCCCACCUGGGAUCAGAGUUCUGGAGCUCCCAGCACACCUCUUCCUCCUCCACGGGCUCUCCCAACGGUCCCCCGGCGGGCGAGUCCGGGUCCGGGUCCGAGUCUCUCGCUCAGCCGACGCCCUGCUUCAUCAACCCUCUCUUCCUGCAGCCCCCCGAGCCCCCGCAGGAGCGCGCCGCCUCCAGCAAACGCACCCGCUUCCGCCGCAGCCUGCGCGUGCGCGUCUCCACGGAAACCUCCCUCAGCCAGUCCCUGGGGUCGGACUCGGGGGGGCCGGAGGGUGGUGGUGGUGGUGGGCGGGACCAGAGGCUGCAGACCAAUCACACGCUGAACAGGAGGAGUGGGGCGGGGGGAGGGAUGCUGAAGAGGAGCCCAGCUCUGUCGCCGACGUCAGAGGAGGAGGAUGACUACAUGGCUCAGGAUAUUAACAGCAGCAGGCUGAGUGUGGAGCAGGAGGAGGAGGAGGAGCAGGAGGAGCAGCAGGAGUGCACGGUGGAGGAGGCAUGCCUGUCCUUAAAGACCACCCGAGCCCCUUCGCUGGCUGCCCUCGACAGCAGCAGCUCCUUCAGCAGCCUGGAGGAGAACGACGAUGAUGAGGACGAAGGAGAGGGCCUGGGGUUCGGCCGCCCUCGCCCCGCCGCGGCGCCGUCCUCCACCUCGGCCAACUCCCAGCGUCCGUCGCUGAAGCGCAUGAGCGCGGCGUUCGUGUGCCUGUUCGCGCCGGAGCGCCGCGUGGCCCGCCUGGUGCAGCAGCUCUCUCGGGACCCGCGCUCCGCCUUCGGGGCCCUCGUGCAGAACUUCCUGUGCGGGAAGAGCCAGGAGCUGGACGCCCUGCAGAGCCUCGGGGGCGGAGGGGGCGCUGAGGAAGUGCUCCGGGGGCUGCGGACCUUUCUCACCCAGGCCAAGGGCUUCCUGCUGGGCUCGGGCGAGCUGGAACCCCCCAUCGAGACGCUGGUGCCUGAGAAUGAGAAAGACCUGGUCCUGGAGAAGGCGUUGUACGGCUGCAUCCUGAAGCCCCUGUGGGUGGCGCUAGAGAGAGGCAUGCAGGCGGCGGCGGCUCGCGACGGCUCGCUGGCCCGCCUCACCGACGGCCUGCGAGCAUGCCAGGAGGGGUGCCCACGCCAGAGGCUGGGCGUGGCGGCGGGCGUCGGGCUCCUGGACGCGGUCGGGAUCGCACGGGCAUGCAGGAAGCUGUCGCUCAUGAACAGGACGCACUCGCCCAUCGACAAGGUGCUGCUGCUGCUCCAGGUGUGCAAGAAGGUGUACCAGAGCCUGGGCACGCCACCAGAACAGGAAGUGAUGUCGGAGCACUUCCUGCCUGCCCUGGCCUAUGUGCUGGUGCGCUGCAAUACCCCUCUGCUCCUGCUGGAGGUGCUGUACAUGAUGGAGCUGCUCCAGCCGUCAUGGCUGACAGGAGAGGGUGGAUAUUAUUUAACCAGUGCCUUCGCCAGCCUAUGCCUGCUUCAGAGCCAGCCACAAGCCCCGCCCCCCGGCGGGAUGACCAGUGAGGCCCAGGAGAAACUGAGGGAGUGGAGCCGGAGGCGUGGCCAGGAGAAAGACACACACGCACCAUCCAAUCAGAACCAGAGGCUGGUCCGUGUGCUCUACCAGGAGGGCGGUCAGAGCGUGCUGCGCACCCUGCAGUGGGGCGACGGUGAGCCUGCGUCCUCAUUGGCUCUGAGCUGCGCCACGGCCUUCGCCGUCAGCCAACCGAAUUGCUACGGCCUCUUCUGCCGCGCCGGCUGCGGUGGCGGCGAGAUGAAGCCCCUCCCCCCGCACGCACUCAUCCACGAGGCGCAGGCCCACUCCGACGGAACGCUGCCCUCCCUCUCGUACCUGCGCGUGGACCACCACACUGGCGCAGUGCGCCGACUCACCAGAGGGGGCGCUGUGGACCUGGGAGGCUCGGUGUGCGAGGAGUAAGAGGAACAGAAGAAGAAGAAGAACCAGGAAGUAGGAUUUAGGAAGUAUGUCCUCUGCAGCCAUUUUAUUUUUCCGUCAGCUUAAAGUCCUUUCGGAUACACUCCUGUGGGAUGUUGAGUGUUUCUCCUUAAUGUUGGAGACUGUGGAAGGUGUCUGCUACUGAAUUGAACAGAAUCACAGAGGGGGGGUGUUGUUAGCGUUACCACCUGUCUACUCUGGACCCCCCUAGACUGUGAUGGGCACUGGGGUUUCUUUGCUGUUCCUGAAGGCCCCCGCAGCAGAUUGUGCGCAAGUCUUUUGUCUUAAAGGAUCAUUUCAAGAUGUUCAAGCAAUUCACCUGGCAAUAGACAGAGCAAUAUACUUUCCCACGGUUGCCAGAUCUCACACUUUUGGUACACCUUAAAUUCGUUUUUUUUGUUUUCAAUUGAAGGCACUGGAAGAGUUGGGAUUCUUCAUGCCAAGAUGAUGCUGAAAGAUGGCAACCCUGCUUUUCUGCUGUCACAAAACACCCUGGCACCACUAUUCUCCAGCAGGGCCUGUUUCUGUCUGUCCAGAUCGUUGGGGCUGAACAUCACUACCAAAGUGUUUCUUUUCCUUUUGUGUUGAUUUUCUCUCGCUUUUGGAGUCUCUACUGUUGGCUUACUAUAAUAUAAUUUAUAGACGAGUUCGAGGAAAGAAUAUAAUAUUUUUCAAAGCAAUCUGAAAGGUCUAGGAAAUAGCAGCUUGUGGGUGUAUGAUCUCUUCACACAAACAACAGCAAACAAACAACAGCAAACACAAACAACAGCAAACACAAACAAACAGCAAAAACAUUUCAUAUGAAAACACAACACAAUUGUACCAUUCAAUGUUUCAAAAUAACCUGUUACUUUGUUCAGUCCCAUUCACUGGACUGGCUUUUCCUUUUACUGGCGAUGGGACAGAAAGCAUUUACGUGAAGAGCGAGGUGUAGAAAUGACACCUAAGUGUGUUUCUAUUCUCUCUCUCUCUCGCUCUCUCUCUCUUUCUAUUUAUUCUCUCUCUAUCUCUCUUUUCUUCCUCUUAAGUUUCCUUUUUUGAUCUAUACGAAAACAAAGAUAACAUUCCAUGUAACAGACAAUCUGAUUGGACAGUUUCAGUGAGCCCAGCUCAUGUGAGGCCUCGUUUCAUUCGCUGAAUGUGAAAGUAACACCUUACGGUGGUCCAAUGAAUGCACAGCUCUCAGUCGGGGUGACUGCCUGCUUUAAACUGCCUGUGCUGGGUGCACAGAGCCAACGGACUGUUGGAGUGUGUGUUUCUGUGCAAGUGUGCGUGUGUGUGGGGGUGCGCGCACACGCGUGCAUUUUAAUUGAUUGCGAUUUAUCUUUCAAUUUAAUAUAAUUACUGAAGUAUGAAUUGUAUUCAUUAUGAUGACCAGUUGAAUGUGGGGAGGGAGGGUUACAAAAUAUUUUCUUUGGAUGACAGAUAUUUUUGUGGCUGUUGAUUUCUGACUUUUAUGCAUGCAGUGCUAUGAGAUCUUUUGUUGUUGACCGUUGUGCAUGUGUGUGUGUGUGUGUGUGUGUUUGUAUGCAUGUGUGUGUGUGUGUGUUUUAUGGAUAUUGAUUUUUUGGUGGUGACCUAAUCCACACAAGUUGGGGUUUUUUUUUUGUUUACUCUUGUUGUUUAUUUCCUCUGAAUGUAGUAACCCAGUGCUUGUGGUAUUGUUCAGUAUCAAACUAUUAAAUUCAAACUAAAUUAAA